AUGGCUGAGAUCUCUGCUGGUUGGAGAGGGUCGGGUAUUGUCAUGGGUGAUUUUAACACCAUCAGACUCCACUCUGAAGCCUUCGGGGGUGCUUCGAACGUGGGUGAUAUGGAGGAGAUUGACAUGGAUAUUCGAGAGGCGGACCUUGUUGAACCUGCAGUCCAGAGGAACUGGUUUACUUGGACAAAUAAAAUACAUGGGUUGGGUUUGAUGAGGAGACUUGAUCGUAUCCUAGUGAAUGAUGAGGGGCUUAGUAAAUGGCCUAACAUGAGGGUUAACGUCCUCCCAUGGGGUAUUUCUAAUCAUUCUCCCAUACUUGUCUAUCCCAGUAAUCAGCGAAGCCAGCAUGUGGUGUCUUUUCGUUUCUUUAACCAUUGGGUUAAAGAAUCGUCCUUUAUGGAUGUUGUGUCCUCUGCUUGGACCAAAGAUACUCGAGUUUCUCCAAUUGUGAAUAUUGUGAGGAACUUAAGAAAUCUCAAGUCGAUCCUUCGCAACCAUUUUGGUAAGCAUAUUCGGACCAUCAGUGAGGAUGUUGUCUUGCCAAGGAUGCCAUGGACCGAGCUCAGAGAGAGAUGGAAACGAACCUUCUAUCGGAGAAGUCGCUAUGUGCCAGAAAUCGCGAAUCAGAUGGUUAAAGCUAGGCAGAGCAUCAAUGCUUUGGGAUCAAUUAUUGAUCCAGAUGGAAAUCGAUUGACUAAUCAUGAUCAGGUUUCUCAGGCCCUCCAGGUGCCUAUUGGCAGGGAGGAAGUGAGACGUGGUCUGUUUUCCAUGGAUAGUGGAAAGGCUCCAGGCCCUGAUGGGUAUUCGAUUGGCUUCUUUAAAGGAGCUUGGACGGUGACCAAUUACUUCCCUCAAGCGGUGAAUACUAUUGCCAUUACACUUAUUCCUAAAAGGAAUGGUGCUGAUCGGUUGGAGGAUUUCAGGCCUAUAUCUUGUUGUAACGUUAUUUACAAAUGCAUUUCAAGAAUAUUGGCAGAUAGGCUUUGUGAGUGGCUUCCUUCUUUUGUUAGUGGAAACCAGUCAGCUUUCAUCCCUGGGAGGAGUAUUAUUGACAAUAUUCUUCUUUGUCAGGAGCUUGUAGGGGGCUACCAUUUGCACAGAGGUAAUCCUAGGUGCACUAUAAAGGUUGACCUCCAAAAAGCUUAUGAUUCUGUUAAUUGGGAUUUCCUCUUUGGUUUGCUGAUUGCCAUAGGUAUGGCUAUAAGAUUUGUGAGUUGGGUUCGAGCGUGUGGGACCUCUCUGAUGUUCUCCAUUUUGAUCAAUGGAUCGUUGGAAGGUUUUUUCCAUGGGAGGAAAGGACUUAGACAAGGUGAUCCUUUAUCCCUGUUCUUAUUUGUGAUGGUCAUGGAGGUGCUAUCUCGCAUGUUGAACCACCCACCUCAAAAUUUUCAAUUCCACCAAUUUUGUGAGAAGGUCAAAUUAACUCAUCUUACUUUUGCAGAUGACCUGAUGAUCUUUUGUGCUGCUGAUAAUUAUUCUAUGAGUUUCAUAAAAGAGACUAUUAAGAGGUUUGGUGAGCUUUCAGGUCUGUUUGCUAAUCUUGCUAAAAGCUCUAUUUUUCUUGUGGGGGUUAAUAGUUCGAAAGCUUCUCGGCUUGCUGCUAAUAUGGGUUUUUCCAUUGGCCAUCUCCCUGUUCGUUAUCUUGGGCUUCCUCUCCUCUUUGGAAGAUUGCAGAGCUGUGAUUGUGAUCCCCUUAUUCAGCGUAUUACCAGUCGUAUUCGAUCUUGGUCUGCUAGAGUGUUAUCUUUUGCAGGUAGACUUCAGCUUGUUCGCUCAGUCCUUAGGAGCCUUCAGGUUUAUUGGGCUAGUGUGUUCAUGCUUCCUAUGAAAGUCCACAGAGACGUUGAUAAGAUUUUGCGGUCUUAUUUGUGGAGAGGUAAGGAGGAGGGUAGAGGUGGUGCUAAAGUUGCAUGGGAUGAGGUUUGUCUUCCUUUUGAUGAAGGAGGUCUUGCUAUUCGCGAUGGAUCUUCUUGGAAUAUUGCAAGCACGUUGAAGAUCUUAUGGUUGCUGCUAGUUAAAUCUGGUAGUUUGUGGGUUGCUUGGGUGGAAGCUUAUAUCCUUAAAGGGAGAUCGAUGCUGGGGUGGGUCGAUCUUGGUGUUUUAGGGCUAUCUUGCGUAAGCGGGAUAUCCAUAAAGCUCAUAUUAAGAUGGAGGUGGGCAAUGGCAGGAAGUUUAGAGUGUGGUUGGAUUCAGGGUGGGACAAUUAUCCAGCAGUUUGGAGAGAGGGUGAUAUAUGAUGCAGGUAGUCGGCGGGAUGCGAGGCUUGUGGAUUUCAUGGUUCGGGAUGGUGAUUGGAGGUGGCCGCUUGUUUCUUUGGAUUUGAUGGACAUUUGGGAUUGGAUUCAAGGAGUGAGGCCGAGUUCGAGUGUUGAGGAUAGGUGGGUCUGGGUGCCAGGGAGUCUUGAUAGUUUUUCGAUCGCAAGUGCGUGGGAAACUAUUCGUCCUCAUAGUAGUAGGGUUGGCUGGUCAGGUUUACUAUGGGAUAGGGGAAAUAUUCCUAAGCACUCCUUCUAUGCUUGGUUGGCCAUCAGGGAUAGGUUGGGUACUAGAGAUAGGUUAAGUCAAUGGGAUAGGUCGAUUCCUUUAUCGUGUAUGCUGUGUGGUGGGAACUAUGAGUCUCGUGAUCAUUUGUUUUUUUCUUGUCCUUUUGGGUGGGAGAUUUGGUCGAGAAUCCUUUUGUUUAUGUCAUCUUCUCAUAGGAUAGGUUAUUGGGGGGUUGAGUUAUCUUGGAUUUGUAAUCAGGGUAUUGGGAAGGGUGUAAGGAGAAAACUGUGGCACCUUCUCUGGUGUGCUACAAUUUAUUUCAUUUGGAAGGAGCGAAAUCAUAAUCUUCAUGGAGGUGCUGUUCGGGAGCCUAUGCUUUUUUUCUAG